ACCAAUCGUAGGGCACGUUCAGAACACGUCGUUUUUUACGCUGGUCACAUCCGGGUGAGCUGUUGGAGGUCCCGUGUGGUUUUUAUCAGGAGCCACUUGAGUGUUUUGUCCAUCAUGUACGGCUCUCGGCUGCUGCAGGUGCUCUGUGCUCAGCUCCUGUGGGUGUGGGUGAUGGGCUCGGAGCUCACUUUUGAGCUGCCGGACAACGCCAAGCAGUGUUUCUACGAAGACAUCACCGUCGGGACCAAGUGCACUCUGGAGUUUCAGGUUGUGACUGGUGGACAUUACGAUGUGGACUGUCGCUUGGAGGACCCUGAUGGCACCACUCUUUAUAAAGAGAUGAAGAAACAAUACGACAGCUUCACGUUCACAGCAGCGAAGAACGGCACCUACAAGUUCUGCUUCAGCAACGAGUUUUCCACCUUCACCCACAAAACCGUUUACUUUGACUUCCAGGUCGGCGAUGACCCUCCUCUGUUUCCCAAUGAGAACAGAGUCACUGCUCUUACUCAGAUGGAGUCGGCCUGCGUGUCCAUUCAUGAGGCUUCAAAGUCAGUCAUUGAUUAUCAGACACAUUUCCGUCUCCGUGAGGCUCAGGGCCGCAGUCGCGCCGAGGACCUUAACACUCGCGUGGCGUUUUGGUCGAUCGGAGAAGCCAUCAUCCUCCUGGUCGUCAGCAUCAGCCAAGUCGUCCUACUGCGGAGCUUUUUCUCCGACAAGAAAACCACCACCACGCGCGUCGGGUCGUAACAGACUGACUCUAACACACUGGUACAUAGUUUGUUUAUUUGCGUCAGGACUUAUGUGUGAGUUAAAGGUGCAUUAUGUAACUUUUUGGUUGGGGCUCCGUCACCUGUUUUGUGUCGAUGGAUAUGUUGCUGCUCUGUCUGGAAUGUUCCACAGUAUGACUUUAAACAGCUCUACUUUACAUUUAUUCAAUUACAGGUGUUUUUUAUAGCUCAAAGAAAGGUUAGAAAGGUUUGAUGUCAUACUGUGAAACAUUCCAGACAAAGAAAAGUAAAGACGGACCCUCCACCGGAAAAAUUACUAAAUGUACCUUUAACUGUGGGCGGUGAUCAGAUCAUAUUUUUGCAAAGUGCUGAAAUAUCCCCUGUAAAUGUCUUGGUUAAGGUUCAAGUACAGCACAAAAAUUGGUGGGACUGUAAAUAUAACAAUUAUGAAGAGUAUUCACCUUGUUUUUGACAAUUACACUGCAAUUCUCUGUUCCUCUUUGCAGCUUUUUGACUGUUUUCUUAAAGGUACACUAUGUAACUCUUUACUGGGGUGGCCACCAAUCCCUUGUCUCCAUGGAGAUGCUACUGCUUAGCCCGGAAUGUUCCACAGUACGGCAUAAAACAUAUCCAUCUCCAUGAAGACAAGGCCAAAUUACAGGUUUCUGGUAAGAUGGGAUGCAUGUUUUUCAGUAUAUUUCAAAACAUCUAUAAUGCAGUGGAUGUGACAUGGAUAUGUUUAAUGCUAUACUGUGGAACAUUCAAGGCAAAGCAAUAGCCAGGGUUCCCACGGCCAUGGAAAUCCUGGAAAAGCCAUGGAAUUUUAGUAUCUCUUUCACGCAACUACAGCGUUCUGUCAAGUUCUCAUUCAGCUAUUAUGAUUAUUUCAGAACAUUUGCGCCUUUUUGUUUAAAAGAGACGACAAUAAAUGCACUGACAGGAUUUUGAAUGUUAAAAAACUAUAAUAACAAACCAUAAAGUGAGUGAAAAGGAUUAACAUUUAUGUCAUCUUAUGUAGGGUGCUGUAAAAUCAUGGAAAAUUCACUUUGGGUCCUGAAAAAAUCAUCAGCUUUGAAAUUUUGUCAGUGAAAAAGAGUGAGAACUGAUGGCAUCUUCACUGAGAUAAAGAUGCAGAUGUCGGACCUGCCACCUGAAAAGUAGAAAGUUACGUAGUGCAUCUUUUAAUACAGAUGAAAUGUUGAUAUCUUGUAAACUCUACAUUUCCUACCCGUUAGUGUGUGCGUGUGUGUUUGUGCUGCUGGAUGAAAAUGGCUGAUCUGACCUUGAUUUGGCUCAUAUCAAUGUGUUUGUUUUGGCGUCCCUGUCUGUCUGAGUUCCAUCUUAACCCACUGCAGUAACGCUGUUCUUAAACCAGCUCAUUACAGACAAGUCAGUCGCAAAAAAAAAAGUUCAACCCCGGCUUAAACUUAGACGUGUAAUUGUUUAGUUUUUACUGCCAGAGAAGAUUGUUGCUGUGUUUAUAGUAGAGCAGUUCUCGAACAUUUUACACCAAAAGAAUAUCAGACCACCGUGAAAAUUGAUUGAGAUCUGUACGAGUUCUUAUAUGGGACUCAGCCAUGAUUUAAAGGCGCACUAUGUAACUUUUCUGGCAGGGCUGUCCUUGACUCGCUUGUCUCAUGAGGUGUUAUUGUUUUUUUUGCCUGGAAUGAUCUGUGUUAUUAUUAAACUUUUAUGUCUUGGAUUUCUUCAGUAACAGGUAUUUUCAUGACUAAAAAUACCUUGACAAACAACCCUUACCGUGAGCAGGCAUGUCUCUCCACAGAUCUGACUUAUAACUUGGUUGUCAGCUCUUUAAUCACCACGGAGAUGGGUGGAAUACUGUGGGAAAGGGAAAGCCAUUAUUGUUAAAAAAAAAAAAAAAAAAAAAAAAAAGCAGGUGACAGGUCCUGGCAGGAAAAGUUACAUAAGAAUUUCCAAAAAAAAAAUAAGGACAGAAACCUGGAUAUAUUUGUCUUUAAAUCAAACUAAAACUAGAAAUGUAGAGAAGUUUGAGAACCACUGUUGACAAUAGCGUUUAUAUUAGUUUUUGCCCCGUGAAUAUCAUUUUAUUAUGUCAAAACUACUGUCAUUCAUUCAGUUUAGAAAGCAAAAAAAGAAAUGACAAAACCAAGGGCAGCUGCCUCAAAUUCCCCUUGGUUACGCAAAUUAAAAAUAUAAGCAUUAAGCAGUCUUUUAAUCAGUCUAACUUGCAGAAUUACAUAAUUAGUUGGCUCCGAGUUGUUACCAAAAUGGAAGGUUAACGAUUCAUUUUUCUAUGUCAAAACGUCUGUUCUAUUUAUAAAACUGUAUUUGAGUAAAAGAGAGCAACAAGAAAAUCAAGUAAACUCUUUAUUCUUCAAUAUAAGUCCACCAUCUCCCUAUUAUUUAUGUGUUGUGUUGGUUUUAUACUAUACAGUUAUAUAUUUUUGGGGUUACCGGAUUGUCAAUUUUUUUAUUUAUUUAGUUUGUAAUAAAACAGAGUGGCCCAAUGUGACCAAAAAUCAUCAUCAUUAUUAGUGAUUAAUUAAGCAGUUGUUGGGAUCUGUCCAUUUCUUCUUUUCGGGUUGGGUUUUGCUUAUUUGUUUUCACCCUUUCUUUUGUAAAUUUACGAUCGCAAACACCAAACAAGUUCUGAUGUGGAACCAAAAUAAAACGUGCCCCAUGA